CCGCGAUGUGCCCUAUCGUCAUAUAAUGACCACUUGUACCACCGCCUUCCUGUUUAAUGCAUUAUGUCAAGCUACGUGGUCUAUUGUGCCGUAUGACAUAUCUAAACGAGAUUUCUCUCUCUUUCACUCCCCGAUCCUUUUCUUUCCCCUCCUUCCUUCCCCCCAGGUGCGUUUAUGAGCAUACUUCACGCGCGCGUGACGUGAGUGACCCGAGUGACCGUUCGAGUGGACAAAAGUGGACACUCGAGUGGUUUGUCACAUACACCUUAGCAGGGGGUUUGCGGUUCAAAGACACGUCCCUUCGAUGAUUCACGAUUGACGAUUCAGCACCAAGCCGUGGUCAUUAGGUCAAUUAAUGAGGCCGUCGGCUAAUUAAUUCGCGGUAAUAGCGGUUUCAUGGCCAUUGGUUUUGACCGCUGAAGCGAUUGAUUACCACACUUUGCCAAGACCUUGGCCAUUCGCUGGACAGUGGACAUAUAGUAUAUAAGGUGGACAUCACCGUUCUUCGGAUAUUCUCCAGGACGGAGGCUGGAUAUCGAUGAUAUAGGAUGAAUGUUGGUCGAUGUCGUCGCUGAAUUUAUGAAAAAAAUCCUAGUUGUCUCUCAAGACAUUCUACAUACAAGGAGCUAUCAUUGCCGGAGUUACACAAUUGUUUCACUUGCAUAUCUUAAGAUUUUUAGGGCGUGCGGAGAGAGGUCUUUUAUAAGACAUUGGAACUCUCGACUCAUUCCUUUUUUCUCAAAUAAUUGUUUUGACACUUCAUCAUUGACUGACUUUGCACAACGUGCAUUGCGACUUCAUCGGGCGUUUUACCAUAUCAAGCGCCAGAACAUUAUGCUUUGGCAUUUAUACACAUCAACAGAAUAUAGCUUUAAGGUUGCAAGCACUUGAAAAGAACAACAGAUAAUCAAUUAGACAGGUGUGAACUGUAACUUUAAAGGUGCUAUUAAGGAACUCCGCGAUAAGGCUCCCACCAGCUUCUCGGUCCUAGAAGCUCGGACAUCAGGUUAUUUCCUGGACAUAAAAGAAAAUUACAAAUAUGGUGCAUGGGAUGCGGCUCAGGUGGGCUAUUGCUUUACUGACGGUAAUAGUAGCUGGGGAGAUACUUGGCGCUCCUUUAAGAUCAGAAAAUGGCGCUUUCUUGGAGGCAGAUGAGAACAUCCAGUUUGAUGAGGAUUCUAAAAUAACGCCGUACUCGCCGGAUCCUAUCAAGACCAAGCUUCUUGCCAGCGAAGAAGAAAGACAAAAAUAUGCCAUGGAGUUCUUGAAACGAUUUGGUUAUCUCACACAGGAUUUUGAAGAGUUCUCCUUGGACAAAGAAGCCCAACAAGAUUAUGAGGAUGCUAUCAAACACUUCCAGGCCAUGUAUCAUUUAAACACAACAGGUACUAUUGAUGCAAACACGGUGGUUGCCAUGACGACUCCCAGAUGUGGUAAACCAGAUUUUGAACCGCGCGCUGCGGCAGACGACAGCGGAAAGAAGAGGGUGAAACGCUACAUCUUACGGGGAAGAGGGUGGUACAAGGAUAAACUGACCGUGAAGUUUGGGCAGCUGACCAACGACAUGCCACUGCAGAAAGUGCGGAACAUUUUGUUAGGUGCUCUCAAGGAAUGGACCGACCACUCGGGAUUGAGCAUCACGGAAGUAGAGGGCGACACCGUCGCUGAUAUUCACGUGCUGUUUGGCAAUGACAGGCGCGACCAGUCCCAUCUCGGACCCGAGCUAGCCCACUGGACAAGCAGCAAAAACAACUGGGAGUUGGCAUUCAGGAACUACGUCCUGGCGCAUGCGUUCUUUCCCGUUUCUAAGGAUCUCAGGCACGAGCCCGAGGCUUACCCGUAUUUGUUUCGCGGAGACGCACAUUUUAAUGAUGCCUUCAAGUGGAUUGGUCCCGAUUGUUCAGAAAUUGGUUAUAAUUUGCAUUGGGUCUCCCUGCACGAGUUUGGCCACUCCUUGGGCUUGGACCACUCGGAUCAAAUCUCUGCCAUUAUGUAUCCUAGUUACCGCGGUUGCCAGGCCAACGCUCAUCUCAACGCAGACGAUAUAGCCGGUAUACAGGAUUUGUACGGCAAGCCCACGCCAACGACUACUACAACAACGUCGAGUACUACAACUACAAGUACAACACCAAGCACUACGACAAGUACAACUACGACCACGACAACAACUACAACAACCACAACAGUAAGCACGACAACCACAGAGAGCCAGCAGGAAACAACUCCCGUCGAGUCGUCUACAAGAAGAGCUUCUGCGGCACCGACACCAACGAGUUCAGUCUCUACCACAACGCGAACGACUACAUCAACACCAACGACUAAACCAACGCCGACAACUACGUCAACACCAACGACUACUUCAAUGCCAACAACUACUUCAACACCGACAACUACGUCAACGCCAACGACUAAGUCAACACCAACGACUACGUCAACGCCAACGACUACACCCACAACGCCAACGACUACGUCAACGCCAACGACUACACCCACAACUACGACUACUUUUAGUACAAAAACCAUCACCACGACUGCUAAAGCAAUGGGGACACGCGGUUCCAGAUUGGGCCCGCCAGAUAUAUGUAGAGAUGCUAGGAUAGAUGCUGCUUUCUCAUUGCGUGGCGAACUUCAUUUGUUUAAGGGUAAGUAUACCUGGGUAAUAUCCCGCUACCAGUACCCAGAUAAAUAUGUUCAUGAUCCAGAACUAAUCGCCAACAAGUGGCCAGGACUUCCCGCCAAUAUAAAUGCCGCUACGGAGUUUUGUGUGAUAGCUAGCAUGUGCUUUGUGCUCUUUUUCAAGGGAAACCUCAUGUAUUUCUACACGUUAUAUGGCGGUCGACGUACGUUACAGCUGGGGUUUCCCCGCCCUUACGUCACAAUGUUCAGUGGUGGCGUGCCUGCGUCAUUCCAGUCUGACGUCACAGCGGUAUUUAGAAGUACCAACGUAGGAAACCCGCUUGUUCUUGUGAAAGGUGAAAAUUACUGGAUACAAAAAACCUCCGCAGCCGCCGCAGAUCAAAAGUUUUCCAAUGCGGGAGACGCAGCCUUUCAGUGGAAUACACGCUACGCCUGGGUUUUCAGGGGGCAGCGUUCCUACCUUUACGACCAGUCUUCUAAAAGGACCGUGGCUUAUAAAGACACGGUAGGCUUUUGGUUAAAAUCGUACUGUUCUAAGAGCAGUCUAAUGGCCUUCCUUACCGCAGGCUCGGUGGAAGGCGAUUCCACAUUGGAAACUCUUCCUGAGUAUAACCUCACCGCAAUGAUAGAUGGCGCUUCAGACACAACGAAAGAUGGCGCAGCGAACGAGUUUUUGUUCCGUCUGUUGAACGCUGUAGAAAGCACAUCUAAUCACGAGCUUAAAAAUAUUAACAGCAUAGGAGAUGUAUCCAAUGUUGGACAUUAUGAGAAGUACUUGAGAGGGACCAGUAACGAACUGUGUGCCUCUUUCGGGUUGCUUCUUUUUAUGUACAUGAUAUUAUAUUUAUUUAAAGCAUAGGAUAGAAAACAAGGCCAAUCAAUUGUUAAUUAAGCGUUUCAUAGAGAGAAAUGUUCAUUAACGUUUCACCUUUUUAAAUUUACAUUUUUCAAUCAGUGAAAAUACAAUUUGACAUAGAGUUACUCUUUGAAAGAGUUUGGAGAGAAAAUAUACAUAUUAUUAUAUACACAAUGUAAAGCUUUAAAAUAUUUAAAAUAAAUGGCUAGUUCAUACAUGCGUCAAUUA